GUGUUUUUCCACCUCUACUCCGCGGUUGGUCGCAAUUUGUUGAUAAGCGCGUAUUUGUAUCUGUUUUGUCGCGAAAUGAACUCGGAGCACAAAUAGUCGCAAUAUCUGUGGGUAAACAAAGUGAUAAAGCGCGAAAUGUGUCAGCUGGUGGGCCAAGAAGCUGCCGAGAAACUGUUUUAGUCAAGGCCAUGGACCAUUGACUUGGGUCUCUAAGCAUCUCCGAACCCCAAUCCCCGCCAGGCCAUGUUGGAGCCAACAAGCACGCUGACGCCCGAUCUGGAGGAGGGCAUUGCCGGGCUUAGUCUGGACGAUGUGGACGUGGACUCGGUGCCGGAGCGCAAGCCGCACUUCCUCGACUAUGAUGCAGUGCCGCCGCCCGACUACGACGAGGAUGGCCACUUUGGGGCCAGCUCGGGGGAGCAGCUGAAGAUGGACAAGAAGUACGAGCGGGAUGGCGAGGUUAGCGACUAUGAGCUGGCCGCCAGUGGCUAUACGAAGAAGGAGUUCACCCAGGACGACAACACGCUGCACUUCACCCAGAGUGGUGGCGCAGGGCUGGUAACCGGAUCUGGUUCCGCCUCUGGAUCUGGAGCAGUGGGCAAGAAGCCGACGAGCACCAAGCACUUCCUGGACGAGAAUCCCAUUCCGCCGGACUAUAUGCUGGCCCAGGAGCUCCGUGAGAUGAGGGAGCAUCGCAGCCUGGACAGAAACUUUGAACGGCAGUCGGCCCAGCAGCAGCAGCUGGAGGAGUUGCCUGCCCGCAACGGAGGCGGAUCUCCGGCCAGCGCAGGUCGUCCCUCACGCAGCAAGGAGCCAUCCUAUACGCUCUCCCGCUUUCUGGAUGGCGAUUCGCCUGCUCCUGCUCCGAGAUUGCCCAAGGGAGCCGCCUGGACAACCAGUUUUGAUGAGCGGUACAGCUCGUCGGCAGUGGAGGCCACCCUGGGCUCCAAAGUGGAGUGUGUCUACUCACUGCUCUCCAUGCUGGGCUCUAACGAUCCUCUGGAAAUGGCCAAAAAGUUCCUGGAGCUGUCGGGAAAUGGCCAAAGCUGCGCCACCCUGCGACGCUCUGGUUGCAUGCCGCUCCUGGUGCAGAUGAUGCAUGCGCCGGACAACGACCAGGAGGUGCGGAAGUGUGCCGGCCAGGCGCUGCACAACGUGGUGCACUGUCAUCCGGAUGAGAAGGCCGGCAGGAGGGAGGCCAAAGUGCUGCGUCUGCUUGACCAGAUCGUGGACUACUGCUCCUUUUUGAAGACACUGCUCCAGAGUGGCGGCGAGGCCAUUGCCGAUGACUCGGAUCGCCAUCCACUGGCGGCGAUCUCGUCGCUGAUGAAGGUCAGCUUCGACGAGGAGCACCGCCAUGCCAUGUGCGAGCUGGGGGCGCUGCAUGCCAUUCCCAAUCUGGUGCACUUGGAUCAUGCUGUCCAUGGCCCGAAGCCGGAGGAUCAGUGCUGCAAUUCCUUGCGGAGAUAUGCCUUGAUGGCUCUUACCAAUCUAACAUUUGGAGAUGAGAACAACAAGGCGCUGCUGUGCGGACAGAAGCAGUUUAUGGAGGCCCUGGUGGCCCAACUGGACUCGGCUCCCGAUGAUCUGCUCCAGGUGACGGCCAGUGUGCUGCGCAAUCUCUCCUGGCGGGCGGAUAGCAACAUGAAGGCUGUGCUCAAUGAGAUUGGCACUGUGACGGCGCUGGCUCUGGCAGCCAUGCGGAACAGGAGUGAGAACACGCUGAAGGCCAUACUCUCGGCCCUGUGGAAUCUGUCGGCGCACUGCAGCACCAACAAGGCGGAAUUCUGUGCGGUGGACGGAGCCUUGGCCUUUCUCGUGGGCAUGCUAAGCUACGAGGGUCCCAGCAAAACCCUGAAGAUCAUCGAGAAUGCAGGUGGCAUACUGCGGAACGUGUCCAGUCAUAUUGCGGUGUGUGAACCGUAUCGGCAAAUCCUGCGCCAGCACAACUGCCUGGCCAUUCUGCUGCAGCAGCUGAAGUCCGAGAGCCUCACAGUGGUCAGCAAUUCAUGCGGCACUCUGUGGAAUCUGUCGGCUCGCUCCGCCGAGGAUCAAAAGUUUCUGUGGGACAACGGGGCGGUGCCCAUGCUGCGUUCGCUGAUCCACUCCAAGCACGCCAUGAUCUCUGAGGGCAGCUCCUCGGCCCUGAAGAACCUACUGAACUUUCGCCCGGCCGUACAAAAUCAUCACCAGUUAGAUCCCAUUGCCCGAUCCAUGGGCCUGAAGGCUUUGCCCACUUUGGAGGCCCGCAAGGCCAAGGCGUUGCAGCAGGAGCUGGGUGAGCGGCACACGGCGGAGACAUGCGACAACCUGGACAAUCUGGGUGGCAAGCUGGCCAAGGAACGGGUUUCCAGUUCCAGUUCCAGCUCAUCCAGACGCCAUCCGGUUGUGCCCCGGCUAACCCGCUCGGCCAUGCUAACGAAAAGUGAGAGCAGGGAUUCCGUUUACUCGGCCAAGUCGGACUGCGCUUACGACCAUCUAAUCCGCUCCGCCUCCGCUUCGGAUGCCCAACGCAAAGUGAAGCCCAAAAUGAGUGACUUUGAACUGGAAAUGGAACAGGAUGCAGAGGCCACCGAGGAGCAGCCCAUUGAUUACUCCGUGAAGUACAGCGAGAGUGCCACCAAGACCUCGACAUAUCAGGAAACAGACCUCGAUCAGCCCACGGAUUUCAGUCUCCGCUAUGCGGAGAACCAAUUGGAAUCCGACCUGGACAUAUCAGGAUCAGGAGCAGGUGCUCCAAAGAGCACUAUAACUCCUCCCGCUGAAGCUGUGCCCGUGAAAUCCGAAGGCCAGGAGAUCCUGCUCAUUCUAGACGACAGUGUUAAAUGCUAUCAGACCGAAGACACCCCCUAUGUUAUAUCCAAUGCGGCUUCCGUUACGGAUCUACGGGUCACAGCUAAAACGGAUGUGAAAGUAGAAGCUGCAGAUGUGGCUUCCAAGGAGGGCGGAGCUGCCAAAAAGCUGCCCAAGCUAUCGCAGUGCGGAUCUGGCUCUUAUACGCCAGAGAAACCCAUAAAUUACUGCGAGGAGGGCACACCUGGUUACUUCAGUCGCUACGAUUCGCUGAGCAGCCUGGAUGAGUCCGGUAAGCCGGCUAACCAGGCCACAAUCAAACCAAAAUCAGAGAAGCUGGAUCGGGAACAGGAAACCCAACGAGCAACAGAGCAGGUCCUGGUCAAACCUCCCACGCAGGCCAAUUCGGCAUUGGAAACGCCACUAAUGUUCUCGCGUCGCAGUUCCAUGGACUCCCUAGUCCACGAUCCGGAUGUGGAUGUGGUCAACUGCGAUGACAAGAGCUCGGUGGUUAGUGACUUUAGUCGCCUGGCCAGUGGGGUGAUUUCCCCCUCCGAGAUUCCCGAUUCGCCCACACAAAGCAUGCCACAAUCUCCCCGGCGAAAUAGUGCGGCUGGAUCGGGCCCCAAUCUGGUGGACUCUCCGUCAGCUGUAAUCCCGGCCAGCAACCAGCAACCAUUGCGCAGCGUCUUUGAGGAUGACCUGAGCAGCUUCAAUGUGGAGCACACACCCGCUCAGUUCUCAACGGCCACCAGUUUGAGUAACCUGAGCAUAGUGGAUGACGAGAAACUAGGUGCUGCACCCAGUGUGGCCGAGGAGGACAACGAGGAUGAGCUGCUCCUGGCCAACUGCAUCAACAUGGGCAUGCAGCGCAAGCCGGCUGAUGUGGAUGUGAUGAACUCAAGCGAAGUGGAUGUGGCUGAGGAGACCAUUCGUAGCUACUGCACCGAGGAUACGCCGGCAUUGCUCUCCAAGGUGGCCAGUAACACGAAUCUUUCGGCCAUCUCCAUGAACUCCAUCGAUCAGAAGGAUGCUCCUGCGUCUGGCCAGGCACAGAUUUACUCGCAUCAGCUCUCGGAUGAUGUAUCCUCAAAUGCCUCGGACUGCGGCGGAGCAGCUGGUGGUCACCAGCUGCUGCAGCAGUGCAUCCGCGAUGGCAUGCAGAAGCCCAUCUCCGAGGCAGCCUCCGAUCCCAUUUCCAUGCUGCGACGUGGCGGUAACGCCUUGCCUGGCUACCUGCCCUCCGCCGAUGAGGUGAACAAGUUCCUGGUGGAGGACAGUCCCUGCAACUUCUCCGUCGUCUCCGGCCUCUCGAAUCUCACCGUGGGUUCCAGUCUGGUCGGGCCAGCCGUGCAGCUCAAGGAGACCGUGUCAUCCAGUGCAGAACCCAAACCUGGAAUUGAACCGAAGCCCGGUAGACAAGAGCAAGUCCGAAGACCGCCGCAUUGGCAAGAUGAUUCGCUGAGUUCUCUAUCCAUUGACUCGGAGGAUGACACUAAUUUACUGAGUCAGGCUAUUGCCGCUGGCUGCAAUAGACCGAAAUCGAAUCUUGGCUUCAGCUCGAACGGCAAGCGCUCCAGCUCGCUGAGCUCCUCGCAGCCGAUAGCCAUCAAUGCGGCCACCUCGGCCAGUUCCCUCAAUUCGGCGGUGACAGUGCGCAAGAAUCAGCAGCAGCAGCAUCAGCAGCAGCAGGAGUCGUACAGCUCCGUGGAUUCCAGCGACUCCAAUGACAACCAGUCCAAGUCGCUGUUCGAGCUGUGCAUUUUGAAGGGCAUGUACAAGUCAAAGGAACCCGGAGCGAGGGCCCAGCAGCUGCAGCAGCAACCCAUUGUUGGAGCAUCCGCAUCGGCAUCCUCUUCCACCCAGUCGAAUCCCAAUCUUAAGCAGUUCGAUUCGUUGCCGGUGCAGCUGCCAUCUGGAGGUGGUGGUGGUCAGCCCAAGCGGCAGCGCCAUCAUCAUCAUCAUCAUCAGCAUCACCAUCACCACAGGGAGCGGGAGCGAGAGCGCAAGGACGAGAAGCUGCUGCAGGAGUGCAUCAACACGGGCAUCUCCAAGAAGAUUGGCAUCAACAACAACAGCAGCACCAGCACCGUGCCAAAAAACGUCCUGGCUACGUCUGCGGCUGCAUUGGAACCGUGUCACCCAAUGGCAGCUACUACAUCAGCAAGUGCCCCCAGCACAGCAGCAGCUCCAGACGUAGAGCCGAAAGUGCACGCCAAUACCAGCAGUCGGCAGCAGUUGUUGCCGCACCCGAGCAGCCUUAUCCUCCGCCCGAGUCCUAUCGACGCCAUCGCCACCGUCACCGACACAGCAAGAAGUCCAGCAGCUCCAGAUCUAGGGAGCGGGAGUCAGAACGGUCUAGAGACCGCUAUUGGGUCUAAGGAUCAGCUGGAUUCGGAGGAUCGCUCCAGUGAUGAAUCCAAUCAGUCCUUCAUCAUGGACACCAUGGUCAGAUUGGACUCGGCGCCCCACGAAACUUGCAUUUCUGGGGCCAGCGAGAAGCACAAGGAUCCAGACCUGAUGCUCAAGUCCGUGGAGCGACUCACAAUGGAGUUUGUCACUUCGGCGGAGCAGCUAAGGAGCAGCAGCAGCCAAAAGAACACCUCGAGCAGCAACAACAACACCUGGAACGAGCACACCUGUCCCAAUGACGUCAGCUUUCCCAGUGUAAGUCAAACGGCACCGGUUCUGGCUUCCCUGAGCUUGGAUGAAGAGCGUGUCACAGAGCGUGUGCAUGAGCUGGUGGAGAUUACGCCCACGAAUGAGCAGCAGCCGAUAUCGCUGGAAGGCGAAACGGAUACCCUGGUGAACGGACGUGAUGAGAGGAGCUACUCGGGAUCGGAAGGACUGAAAUUCCAGUUGGGCGGGCAAGUGCAGAACGCUGGCGUUCGAUUGGAGCCACAAAGGCUGCUGUUCAAUGGCACCAGUGCCUCCAUGAUGACCAACUCCACCAUGAUAGCGUUCGAGGCCAGGGCUUUGGCGGAAAAUCUUCUCCAGCCUGCUGCUGCCAACGAUGAGGACAACACGGAGGCGAUGACCUUUAGCCUCAACAGUUUGGAUCUGGACAAUGUGCGUCCGCCGUCGGGCAUGGAAUCGUUGAACAGCUGCUACCAGGAGCACUCCCAGCCGAGUUCUUUGCGCCAGCAGCAGCAGCUCCUGCCCAGCAAGAGUCCCAGAUUUGCGCGAAAAAUGUUCCCAGCCAAUUUGGUGGCCAGACGAGCACUUGGCCAUUUGGCUGGCAGUGCGGAGAGCGUCAACUCCAGCUGCAAUCUGCUGGACAACAUCAAGCCGCCCUCGCUAAUGGACGAGCUGCUGGACUCCAUGAUCAGUGUGGACAGCAUCCAGUCGGAGGUGGCCGACGGGGAGCAGGACUGCAGCAUGGCCACCACCAUUUCGGUGUCCAACUACGAGACGGCUGCCUGCGACGAUCAUACCCUAACCAUUCUGCAGAGUUGCUUUGACGAGGACGAAGAUGCCACCAUGAAUGACUACAGCUCGGCGGAAUCCACGCCCAAGCAUGGAUCCACACCCUCGCCAAAUCGUCGCUCCCUCACGCCCAAACAGAAGCGGCGCCUGAGCAAGGAUCGCUACAAGACCUACACCAUAGCCACCAGUUGCGAGAUGGAAAUGGAGGCCAUGGAGCCCAAUGAAACCCUGCAGAUUGAGAUUGUCGACACUGCUCCGGCAGUGGCCACGCCCUCGCCACGUGCCAACGGAAGGAGGAGGGGCAGUGCGGAGCGGUACAAGACCCAGUUGAUUGAGUGUCCGCGGGCCUUGAUUCAACCCCAAGCGGAUGAUUGCCCCAGCGAGCAGCUUUCCUCCAUUCGGGCCAUGAUGCAGCAGUUUACCUACAUCACUGACAUAAACAUUGGGCAGGCUCAGGGGGCUACCGAUCCUGCUGUCGAGCUAGAGGAGUCUCCGGAAUGCGAUCAGAACUCGGAGACGGAGUCUUGCGAAGGCCAGGAGCCAGCUCAGUUGCCUCCUCCUCCGCCAAUUGUGGAACUCAAAUCCCCUGCGGCUAAGCCCAAAACUCUAGAGCCCGCCACGGCCGUAAAACUGGUAAAGGGUCGCAAGAAACCAGCCUAUGUUUCCCCGAACAGCAUGCAAAGUCAAAGGAGCGGAGCAAAUGCCGCGGGCUUGGCCAAAAAGAAAACCCUAUCGCCCACAAUUGCCAAGCGCAGUGUGGUGCCCAAUGGAGCCAAAAAGAAGGCCACUCCGCCAGCGGAAGUGGCUGCACCCGCCCGCCUGGAACGUCAGGGAACGUUUGUCAAGGAUGAGCCCACAAACUCCCAAGUGCAGGUGCCCGUGGUGGAAGCUAAAGUGGCUCAAACGACCAGUCCCGGUCAUCGCGCCUCCAAGCUGCCCACAAAGAAGGAUUCGCCCUCGAAAGCUGGGGGCUCGCCCAAGAGGAUUCCUCCAGCUCCAGUGCGUCGCGGGGUGACGCCACAAAGAGCCAACACCAGUUUGCGCCUGGCCGGAGCCAAGUCCACGGCUGCCUCGCGUGCCGUUUCCAAUCGAGUGUCGUCCACAACGCCGCCAUCCCGCAGCAAUUCCAAUCUGAAUGGAGGCAGUGCAGCCGCAGCAGCGGCAGCAGCCAAGAUCAACCAGGCCCAGAGUCGAAUUGCCAACAUCUGGAAGCGAGUGGACGAGGCCAAGACCAAGCAGACUGGAGCCAGCAACCUUAAGUCGCAGAAAACCAAAUCUUCCAACACGCUCAACGGAAAUGGAGCAAAGCCAACGCUACUGCGCAGCUCCACCUUUGAUAAUACCCCAAAUCCAAAUCCCCAAGCAGGAGGAACAUCAGGAGUCAAGUCCAAGUUGCCAGUGGUGGGAGCAGCUCGGAAGUAAGGCACACAUUAUCACAAUUUAGGCAAGUUAGAAGUGGAGACUGGAUCAGGGACAAGCAUUUUAUUUGAAACGGAAGACGCACACAGGUCCACAUCCACAAGCAGGGCUAGGUUCCGAGUUGAAAUCAAAGAGUUUUUAGGCUAGGAGGCAAUAUAUACAAUGUAAUCCAUAUACUACUCUCCUCUUACUUUAUAUACACAAUAUACCAUGUAGUCCCUAAACUUUGUAAGCAACCAAACCAGUCUAGCAUAGAGUUAGCGCAAGUGCAAAAUGCAAAGUGCAAAAGCAAAAUGCAAAAUGCAAAAUGCAAAACUCCUUCUAGUAACUUCAACUAAUCCAAAUCACAGUCGGAGAGGGAGCCAUUCGGCUCCCGAUCGUGUGUAGCCAAAUGUAUUGCAUAUAUAUUAUAUACACUAGAUCAGGCCUUUCAACAUGUGUACAACAACUCUCUCUUAUAUAUACAAAAUGUAUACUGGCAUAUAUAUAUAAUUGAUAUAUAUUCGAUUUGACACACAUUUAUUAGAAAGGGUUACUGUAUUUUCAUUUAACUUUUAACAUUAGUUAGAAAGAGUUGCCUCAAAAAUAAAAAGGGGCAACUUCUUAAAUCAAUUACAAUCGCAUAAUCCCAAAGUGAAAUUCAGUUGGGUUUAUAUUUUAUAUGUUUAACCUGCCCUUGGCUUCCUUAUGCAAAAACCAAAUAUUUCAAAGAGAGAAAUGAAAACCACUUUUUGUAGUCACAGCUUUUUAAGUAUUCUUUUAUAUAAUUUAGCAUUCUUAAGGGUAAGCAGUUUUAGAAAACAGCUUUUGUAUUAAGCCAAUCAUUUGCGACUUAGUUCUUAACGAUCCAAUGCGAUUAACAAUUUUUAAUAUUAAUAAAUCGAAAUAUAUGCUUUUUGUCAGCAAAUACAAAUAAAAAA